AUGACGCAAGUACCCUCCAUGACCAGCCGCGAGCGGGUAAUGGCCGCGCUCGCCCGCGAGCCGGUGGACCGGACGCCGGUGUGCAACCCGACCUCGGUCGCGACCGUCGAGCUGAUGGACCUGGUGGACGCCAACUUCCCGCUCGCCAACCGCGACCCGGCGCUGAUGGCGCGGCUCGCCGCCACCGGCUACACCGAAUUGGGCUUCGACAGCAUCAUGCCGGUGUUCCCGAUCAUCCAGGAAUCGUCGGCGCUCGGCUGCAACAUGCAGUGGGAGCAGAAGGACAACUGGCCGACCGUGCGCAUGCGCGAGCCGAUCUGGGAGGACGUGGACGACAUCCGCAUCCCCAACGACUUCCUCCUGCACCCGGACAUGCGCUGCGUGAUCGAGGCGAUCCGCCUGCUCAGGCGCGAGUUCGGCAACGAAGUGGCGAUCAUCGGCAAGACCAUGGGGCCGUGGACGCUGGGCUAUCACUGCUUCGGGGUCGAGCCCUUCCUGCUGAUGUCCCUCGACGAUCCGGGCAAGACCAAGCUCGCGCUCGACCGCAUGAAGGACGCGACCAUCCAGUUCGGCAUGGCGCAGAUAGAGGCCGGCGCCGAUGCGCUGACGGUCCCCGAUCACGCCACCGGCGACCUGGUGAGCGCGGACUACUACAAGCGCUACCUCAAGGACCUGCACAUCGAGUUCGUGGAGCGCCUGCCGGUGCCGCUCAUCCUCCAUAUCUGCGGGCGCACGGUGGACCGCAUGGGCUACAUCGCCGAGACCGGGAUCGCCGCCUUCCACUUCGAUUCCAAGACAAGCCGGCGCGAAUCGAUGGCGGUGAUGGACGACCGCGUCUCGCUGGUCGGCAACAUCAACAAUCCCGAGACGCUGUUCGCCAAGGGGCCGGAGGACGUGCGCAGGGAGGUCUAUGCCAAUCUCGAUGCCGGCGUGCAGGCGGUGGGCCCGGAAUGUGCCAUCCCGCUGCAGACCUCGGUCGAGAACCUGCGCGAGAUUCCGCUGGCGGUGCGCGACUGGCACGCCGAGCACGACCGCCCUCACUGA